CGUUUAGCGAAGCGAGUGGGGUGAAAUCUCGAGCGAGCGUGAGAACCAGCAGGGUGAGGAGGAACAAAUAACGUGGAGACCUGAAAAGUGUGUGCACACAUUGCAGCAUUUCACAAGAAGGCAGCACGGUAACUUUAAACGACGUCAGCUUCUCCGGGGACGAGAAACAUUUCGUUUAGCUCCACUUUCUUGCACUUUGGUAAAGUUGAGCUCUGCGCGGCUCGGAGUCCCCCUCCUCGGAGCAGAAAGUCGGUCGGUGGUCGGCAGUUGGUCCUGCAGGAAUGUCGCGACAAGAGAAACACGAUUUUUAUCGAGAUGAGGUGAACAAGACUAUAUGGGAAGUCCCGGAGCGGUACCAGAGACUGACCCCGGUUGGAUCCGGCGCCUACGGAUCUGUCUGCUCCGCCAUUGACAUGGAGACCGGUUUGAAGGUCGCUGUGAAGAAGCUCUCUCGGCCUUUUCAGUCCAUCGUCCACGCCAAAAGAACCUACAGAGAGCUGCGACUGCUUAAACAUAUGAAACAUGAAAACGUAAUUGGCCUCUUAGAUGUCUUCACCCCUGCCACCUCUCUGAAGGACUUCACCGACGUGUAUCUCGUGACUCAUCUAAUGGGGGCAGAUCUCAACAACAUAGUCAAAUGUCAAAAGCUCACAGAUGACCACGUGCAGUUUCUUAUAUACCAGAUCCUCCGAGGAUUAAAGUAUAUUCACUCAGCAGGCAUCAUACAUCGAGAUUUAAAACCAAGUAACCUGGCAGUGAAUGAAGACUGUGAGCUGAAGAUUUUGGACUUUGGUCUGGCACGACACACCGACGAUGAGAUGACCGGCUAUGUGGCGACCCGCUGGUACCGUGCCCCAGAGAUCAUGUUGAACUGGAUGCAUUACAACAUGACAGUGGAUAUUUGGUCUGUGGGAUGUAUAAUGGCAGAACUUCUCACUGGACGCGCUCUGUUUCCCGGCACUGACCAUAUUGAUCAGUUAAAGUUAAUCAUGCUGCUCGUCGGAAAACCAGGUCCAGAGCUCUUGAAGAAAAUCUCUUCAGAGUCUGCCAGAAACUACAUCAGCUCCUUGCCACACAUGCCCAAGAGGAGCUUUGCUGAUGUAUUUAUUGGCGCCAACCCACUCGCUGUGGAUCUUUUGGAGAGAAUGCUGGUUCUGGAUACGGAUAAGAGGAUAACGGCAGCUGAAGCUCUGGCCCACCCCUACUUCGCUCAAUACCACGAUCCAGACGACGAGCCUGAAGCCGAGCCUUAUGACCAGAGCUUUGAGAGCCGGGAGCUGCAGAUCGAUGAGUGGAAACGAUUAACCUUUGAGGAGGUGUGCAGCUUCCAGCCACCUAGCUUUGAUGAUGAAGAUGACACAGAGUAAUGAGACGCGCCACCAGUUCAACCCAAGCUUUUGACUACAUAACUUAUGCUUUAAAGUCUCAGACACACAUCAGCCUUCAUUAGUCUAUUAAUUGAGAAAACAUGACCAGAAAACGUAAGAAAAAAGUUAUUAUUCUUAUUUAUAAAUGACUUAAUGUUGGUCAGUUGCUGGAAAAUGUCCCUUCUCGCCAACAACUAAAAUAGUUUUCUAUUUAAUAUUUAGACUUUAUUUUGACUCCUCACUGUGACCCUGAGAUGCUGAAACACUUUGACCUAUUGCUGUGCUAGUUUUUAUUUUUUGAUUAAUUUAUGGAUGAGCAUUUUUCUGUUAGUUGAAAAAGGAAUUUGCUAGUGAAUCACUUCCAAGCAGUUGCUCACAGCACCAGAUUCUUGAAUUUCUGUGACAGAAGUACAUUUCUGUGUUUUUAGGUGUUUGACAAUUGGGACAAUGUGCCUUCUCUGUGCAGUCACUGAACUUCAAUGCUCACCAACUGGAUUUCUCACAUUUUGCUGUUCAAUUUGAUUAAUUUAAUUGGAUGAAAUCUGAGCCUUUUACUAUGUAGGGUUUUAUUAUUAUUUUUUUCACCAAGGCCCAUAAAUAUGAAGAGAAAUCUUUGUGACUACAUGCUUUGCUCAAAAUGUGUAAAUAUAUCUGUGCCAUGUUUUUUAAAAUUUCACAUAUGUUUUGAAGCAAUCACUGUUAGCAUGUACGUCCGCUAGUGUGUUGUUGGUUUAUAUGAAUUUAAGUGUCGUGCCAUAGCUUUUAAUAAAAAUGCAGCUUAAAUGUGUAAAAGGAGGGAUUUGUAUUUAUACUUUGUGGAGCUGGUAUUUAUAAGCAAUCGAAAGAUCCCUUAAGCUAUUUUCAGUUUUGCAGAGUAACUACUGCUUUAAGUCCUUUGUUUAACAAAAUAAAAACUUAUUUCUAAGAGAUUA